UCUGUGUGUUGUGUAGUGUAAAAACUCCAGUGUAGUGUGUGUGCGCGCGCGCGGGUGUGUGUACGUUAUCCGCGGUCCGGGUGUCCGCCGGAGUCUGCGCAGAUCUAACGGAUGGGCGAUUCCGCUCCUUUUCCGACGCAAAGUCUCUGAAACAUGAGGAGAAACGGAGCCUGGACAUUUCCGCCGCACUGCCCGCUGCACUUUUGACUGCGCGUGAAACUGCUGCGCCCCUCCACCGGACCCCCUGUGUGUGUGUGUGUGUGUGUUUCCUCCGUCUGCUGGGUAUCUGUACACCUGGAUCCUCUGCAGUCUGGGAUGUGGGCGUGUCCUGAGGGGUGCUGUGUGGGCUUUGGAUCAGAGUGGCACGGGUGAUGCAGUAUUCCGGGUGUUGUUAAGUUCAGUAGAUCGGACAGAUCAGACUGGGGCACCAUGGCGGCGAAAGAGAACCCUUGCCGUAAGUUCCAGGCGAAUAUCUUCAACAAGAGCAAGUGCCAAAACUGCUUCAAACCCCGAGAGUCACACCUGCUCUCUGACGAUGACUACACACAGGCAAAUCCUAUAUAUGGAGGAUGGCUGCUUCUGGCCCCUGAAGGAACAAACUUCGAUAACCCGUUACACCGUUCCCGAAAAUGGCAAAGACGCUUCUUCCUUCUUUAUGAACACGGCCUUCUGCGCUACGCUCUCGAUGAGAUGGCCAGCACCCUUCCUCAGGGCACCAUAAACCUGAAUGUGUGUGUAGAUGUGGUGGACGGAGAGAGCAUAACGGGGCAGAAACACUCGCUCUGUAUCUGCACUCCGGACAGAGAACACUACAUCAGAGCUGAGAGUCGAGAGGUCAUCAACGGGUGGCAGGAGGCUUUGAUUGUGUUUCCACGGACCAACAAACAGAACCAGAAGAAGAAACGGAAGGUGGAGCAACCCACUCCACAGGAACCUGGUCCAGCCAAGGUCACUGUAACGAGCAGCAGUGUCCUGUGUGUUAAUAACAGUGUGGUUCAGUCUGAUGGGGCUGAGCCUGUGAGAGAUUCAGAGCGCGUGAUUGGAGGACGUAAGCCGCGGGUGGAGAGCGGCUACUUCUCAUUGGAGAAACCCAAACCUGAACCCCAACAGGAACAGCUCUCUUCUUCCUCUUCCUUAUCCUCCUCUUCCUCUCGUCUGAGGUACAGCACUUCAGAACCGGUGCUCUGUCCCUCGCCCUCCUCGCACAACACACACACUUCACCUGACACACACACUACACACUCAGACUUCACAGACACACCCACCGUUUCACAGUCUGUUGAUGCUCCACACACACGCUCAUCGCCAACAACAAACACGGUACGGUCCCCUUCUCCACACACUCCUGCCAACACACACACGCUGGCCUCGCCGCUCUCGUCCUCUCAGAGCUCCCUCGACUCCGAGUCGAGCCCUGAGAGGCAGAGUCAUGUUGUGAGAGUGGGCAGGGCUACCACAUCAGAGGCCAGAGGAAUAAAUGCGAGGCCUGGGCGAGGUGGGCGGAGCUAUGCGACGUUGGCUGACGUCCCCCGUGCGAGAAGGCUGAGUCAUCGCGAGGCGUUUCGUUCUGAGCGCAAAAGACAGGAGCUGAGAGCAAGAACACGGAGCCCGGGGAGAGAGGAGGUAGAGAGACUGUUCGGCCAUCAGAGGAAGCGUACUCAGGUGAUUGAAAGGUUUGAGACACAGCAGUCAACAGAUACGUUGGAGCACAUGGACACAACUGAACCGUCCUCUUCCUCCAGUCAGUCCACCAAUCAAAGGACAGGUCGCAGUGAGAGGCGUCUCCCUACCCAGAAACAGGAUCUCUCACUGGACGCUGGUACCGCAGGCUCAGUGUCGGAUUAUUCAGGAAAAAUGUCUGUUUACAGAAGGGCAAAAAGUCUGGACCGCCGAAUUACAGAGUCAUCAAUGACACCUGAUCUGCUGAACUUUAAGAAAGGAUGGAUGACUAAACUUUACGAGGACGGCCUGUGGAAGAAGCACUGGUUUGUUUUGACUGAUCAGAGUCUGAGAUAUUACAGAGACUCCAUCGCUGAAGAGGCGGCGGAUCUUGAUGGAGAGAUUGAUUUGUCCACCUGUUAUGAUGUCACAGAGUUUCCAGUGCAGAGGAACUACGGCUUCCAAAUCCACAGUAAGGAGGGAGUGUUCACUCUCUCCGCUAUGACCUCUGGGAUACGGAGGAACUGGAUCCAGGCCAUACUGAAGAGUGUUAGGCCCACCAUCACGCCGGACGUCACACGGAAAAACAUCCCUCUCAAACUCUCUGUUCUCAAAACGAGUUCUGUCCCAGAUGAACAAGCCAACACUAAAACAGCCUCUCCGACUCCCAACAUCUCUCGUCCUUCACAUGUGUGGGGUCAGAGUUCAUGUGAUGUCAUUAUAGAUUCACCGUCUGACUACCGUAAGCCCCGCCCCCGUGAUCGCAGGCAAGAGGGACGAUCAAAAACCUUUGACUGGGCGGAGUUUCGGAAUGAGAGGGCGGAAGCUUUGGAUACAAGCUCCUCCCCCUCCCCAUCUUCUGUUUCGUCUUCUGCUUCCUCUCCUUCCUCGUCGGUCUCAGACAGGAAGUUACUUCAUCGGGAACAGGAAGCGUCUACAGAGAACAAAAAAGGGCACAUGGCCGUGGCCAGUGGAGUUCCAUCAGUUAAUAAGAACCCUGAUGUACAAAUGGAGAUUGAAGAAAGAUGGCAUAAGGUGGAGACCACACCCCUCAGGGAGGAGAAACAGGUGCCAAUCACAGGAAGCUCUGCCUCCUUUACUGCUGGAGACAAAGUUCCCUCAGAGCUCUCGUCCCUGCUGGACACAGAGAGGGAGUUAGUGAGGCUGCAGGAACAGAACACACUCCUACAGGAACAGCUACACGAUGCAGAACAGACGGCACGGGAAGGUUAUGUGUUACAGUGUACCAGUGAACCUGGACAACCUUCAUCUGACUCUACGUCUUCUUCCUCGUCUCACCGAGUGCCAUGGCAGCGCCUCAGCAAGCUGAACCAGGAACUUACGACGGAGCUGGAAGCUCAAAGACGGAAGCACGAUCUAGCUAAUCAGCAGGUCAACAGCCUGAGACGGAGCUACAGCGAGGCACAGGACAUGAUUGGGCAUCAUGAGACUGAAAUCGAGGCCCUGCAGGCAAAACUUGUUUCUGCCAUGACUGAAAUUAUAGCCAGUGAGCAGGCAGUGGCUCGCAUGCGCAGCGAGCUGAAGCUGGAACAGAGUCGCUGUCGUGAGCGUGAAGAAGAAUGGAGUUCUAAUGAGAGAACCCUACGAGCACAACUGCGGGACAGUGAGGAACGCCUCCGGGAUGUGGAGGCAAGCUUGUUAGAAAAGACCCAGGCACUGAGACUGUUGGAGAGACAACAGGCCUUGCAGCGGGAUCAGCACAAAGAAGUGCAGAGGCUGCAGGAGAAGCUUAAUGAGGUUACUGGAUGUCUUAUUGCAACGGAGGAGGCACAGGCUUUAAGAGAGGAGCGAGAAAGGAAAGAGCACCGUUCCCUGGAGGAGAAGCACGAGCGGGAGCGGCAAGGGUUGAGUCGUAGGCUGGCAGAGUCUGAGGAAAUAAGGCUUAAGGCUGAGGAGCAACUUCAGGAAGCUCGGGACCAAGUAGAAACUCUCCUGAGAGGAGGUGGAGGGGAUCGGGUAGAAUCAGAGGUCAGGGAAGAGAUUCUACGUCUGCAGCAGGUUCUGAACGAACAGGCAGAUGUGAUCGAGAACCUUCGGGAGAGUGUGAGAAGGCUGGAAGAUGAGAGAGAUCACCUUACAUGUCGCUGUCAGGAAUUGGUUAAUCAGAUUGCAGAGGCAGACAGGGAGGUAGGAAAACUUCAGGCACAGCUAAAGACAGAAGAGACAGACUACUACUCUUUGGAAAGCUCAUAUGAGCGAGUUUCCAAGGAGUUUGCAAGAAUCACUUGUGUUUUGCGAGAGAAGGAGGAGGAGGUCCGACAGACAAAGGAGACAUAUGAGAAGUUGAUGAGACAAAAAGACCAGGAUUUGAAUGAAGCCCUUGUCAAGAUGGCUGCUCUAGGCAGCAGUCUGGAGGAGACUGAACAGCGUCUGAAGGCAAAGGACGAGCUUCUUAGUCAGAUUGGACCUAGAGAGGUGGAGCAGAAGUUGCAGGAGAAGCUGGUGGUAGCAGAGGACCGAAUAUCUGAACUGGAAGAACAUCUCAAUGCUUUGCGUUUGGGGUAUGCAAACCUUAGACUGGAACGAUGUGGCUCUCAGGAGGAUGUCCUUGACACACUAGAAAAACAAGCAGAGCGUGAUAUAUCCUUUUCUACCACUUCCUCUUUAACUCUUGCAAGAAGCAGCUCGGAGACUGAAGUGUCCUUUGCCAAACGGCAGAGGAUCCGCUUCUCCAACAUCCAGUGCCAAAAAUACCACCAGUCUCAGAGAAUCGAAAGGGUUCCACCAGAUAACACAUACCUAUUUACUCUAGGGGAGCAGCAGGACCUUGUACCAGAAACAAGCCUAAACCUCACUGAUGACACCAUCCAGGACUUGUCCCAGGAUAUCAGCUUAGUAAGUGAGAACACAUUUCAGUACUACAGUGAUACAGAAAAAUUUUUGUCCAUCAUCCAUGCAUUAGAGUCAAAGCUCCAGGUCACAGAAGAGAAGCUUAGAGAUAUGACAUCAAAGAAGCAAAAUGAAGAAGAGCAGCCUGGCAUCAAAGGUUUGAUGGAAGUAUGCUGUGAUGAUACCUCUGCUGAACCAGACCAGGAUGGUAAAUCCCACUCUUGCUUGUAUGGCACUGUACAGGAUAGUGUCAACAAUGAAGACUACAAGAAAGCCCUGGCUUUUGUGGAGUCCUGCAGGGUUAGGGUAAGGGAGAUUCUUAACAGUCAGGCUGAAGAAGGAACAGUACAAGCACAAGUUCUCACCUUAGCUGAGAUUGAGAAAGACUUGGUUAGUGCAUCCUUGCACAUUAGGCAAGUUGCUGCCCGAUAUGAAGAUUCUGUCACCUGUCAGAGUGAUGCCCAUGCACCGUUGGAUAAAAGCGCAGUUAAGUUUCUUGCAAGAAUGUUAGCCUUUGAAGGGACUGUUUUGGAGAAAAUGGCAUUUUCUCUUCAAGAUCCAAAAUCAGAACUAAUGCAAAGUCUUAGUGAGAUAAACAAAGAAUCCCAACAGGUUAAAAUGAACCACCAGGAUUGCCUUUCUGUGAUUUACACUGACAUUCUGACGAGGAAACUAAAAUUACAGAGCAUACUGAUGAAUGAGCUGAAAAAUGAGCUGCACCAAGCACAUACCUUUAGUGAACAGUCAGACAAUUUGCAGACACUUGGUAAGAGUGUUUUUGAUCAAAAUACAAUUCACAAUGCUUGUAUUAAUGCAGAACUUGCGUUCUCUCUUCAGAACUUAAAGCACUCUUAUCAAGAUAGGUUUGAGGAACUGCAAAGAGACUUAGUCAAGGUAAAGGAAAUCUUGCAGCAAAGGGAUAUAGUUGUGAGCGAAGCAGCCAUGCCUCUCAUCACUGAAAAUGUUAUCCAAGAUGUUGGUGAUAAAAUUCAUGCUGAUACAGAGACCAAUCUUUCUGAAAUCAACCCUCCUGAACUUGCCCCUUAUGCACAGCAGAUUGAGAGGGAAGAAGCUCACACUCUUGCUCAAGAAAUAAUAGAAAGACACUUAGCUGGAAUCAUGCAAUCAUGUGUUACAGAAUCAGUAGCAUCGCUGGAUACUAGGCAAGAGAGUCUCAUUACUGAGCUAAAGAGACAAACAGAGGUCCUUUACCACAUGUCUGAGCAGCUGGAGAAGGCAUGUGAGGAGGAUAACAGCUCUGUCCUUGGUAGACUUGCAGAUCAACUUCAAGCAGUGUUAGGACCCAGAGACACCGGCGUCCUGGCGUGCAACUCUCUCAGCAUGCAUGAGGCUCUGAUUCAAGUGCAGGUAGCUUAUGUUGCCUGUCGACUGCGAGCUGAACAUGAGAGGGAGCUUUCACUCUGCCAGGAGACUAGCCACAAUAUGGCCACCUUGGUCCAGGAGCAUGCCCAGCAUGUAGCAGCUAUCCACCAGCGUUUCCAAAGUAGCCUGGAAGAGGAACGGAUUCAGUACUUCAAAACGAUAAACUCCAUUCAGGAGGAAAAUGAAACUCUACGAGAGGAGGCAGCAAAGCAGCUUAAGGAGAUGGGCAGACAACAGGAGCAGAUUGUACAAAUGGAAAAAGCUUUCCAGAGGGAGGUGCAGGAGAUGAAAAGAAUGCAUGCAGAAGAACUGGGUCGCACACAGCAGGAACGAGCAACCAGUGAGCUAGCGUUAAUCGAACGUGCUGAAAACACACAAGAGAAGCUGGAAAACUUACUGCAGGAAGUUGAAGGAGCUGAGUUGAGGCACAAGGAACACAUAUGCAAGCUGGAGCAUGAUCUCCGUGGGAAGGUUCAGGAACUGGAAAACGUUCAUCAGGAAGAAAUCCAGAAACUUCAUGACCGGUACAGUCAGACUAUUCGCACUCUCGGAGAGAGAUUAGAGACAAUAGCAGAUGAUACACAUCAUCCUUCCACAACAGAGGCACAAGGGGAAGGUCAUUUGGAGGAGGAGGAGAAGGGGCAUGAACCGGAGGCCAGCAGGGACUCAAUGUCACUGCUGAGGAGCCGAGUGCAGGAGCUGGAGCUGCAGAUGAUGAACAUGCGUGAUGAACUGGAGAACAAACCACCAGAUGGAGACAUGGCCAGUCUACGAGAAAAGUACCAGAAAGACUUCGACAGUCUUAAGGAGACGUGUGAGCGUGGGUUUGCAGCGAUGGAGGAAACUCAUCAGAAGGUGAUUGAGGAUCUUCAGCGUCAGCAUCAGCGUGAAAUUAACAAGCUCCUGGAGGAGAGAGAGAGACUGCUGGAGGAAGAGACCAACGCCACCAUCGCUGCGAUUGAGGCAAUGAAAAAUGCUCACCGUGAAGAAUUGGAGAAAACUCAGCGAGCGCAGCUGAGUGGAGUUAGUGCAGACAUCGAACAACUGCGCAUGCAGUACGAGGAGGAGCUACAGUCAAUCCAUCGUGAGUUGGAGGUGUUGUCAGAGCAGUACUCUCAGAAAUGUCUGGAGAACACACACCUCGCUCAGGCACUAGAGGCUGAGAGACAGGCACUGCAGCAGUGUCAGAGAGAGAAUCAACAACUACACACGCACAACCAGGAGCUGAAUAACCGCCUCACAGUGGAGAUCUCUCGCAUGCGUUCCUGCUACAGUGGAGAGAAAACACCAUCACCACUCACACAAGGCAAAGACCUCUACGAACUAGAGGUCCUGCUUCGUAUAAAGGACUCAGAGAUUCAGUAUCUGAAACAGGAGAUCAACUCACUGAAGGAUGAGCUUCAGUCUGCACUGAGGGAUAAGAAGUAUGCAUCUGAUAAAUAUAAGGACAUUUACACAGAGCUGAGCAUCGUGAGAGCUAAAGCUGACUGUGACAUCAGCAAACUGAGAGAGAAACUACUGGCUGCCACGGAAGCCCUCGGGGAAAGAGACACGCCUACACACACACCAGGAUAUGAUAUCAUGAAGUCGAAGAGUAACCCUGACUUC